AUGCGGAAAUUAACUUCAUCAAUAAUCAUCGGCGCAAAAAGGAAGAACACACUAUCUAACCAAGACUAUUCAAUCCCAGUACAGUCUACAAGCUUUAGAUCUCAACUUACAUGCAUUAAUUCAGCAACUCAAAAUAAGAAGCGUGUAAUUCAGGGACAUCGUAAUGGGCUUCCACCGCAAAAUCUCAACUCUAGCAAUGUUUGCCAAAAUUAUAUUGAACCAAGUACAUCGCGAUCAACCGUCGUGGAAGUUACACGGCUGGAAGACAAAGAAAUUCGAAGGCCUUUAGCAAAUUUGACAAAUGUUAGUACACCACAGUCAUGCGUUGUGGAUCAAUGCGGGUUGUCGCAAAAUAUGGAAAUGCAACGUCGAUUGAUUGCAGAUUUUGAUAACGCGGUCCAUGAUACUACCUCAAAGUUGACAAUUCGUACUGAUUAUUACGGUGAUGUUGGUGAUCAAAUGUAUUCCUGUCAGCACUGUGGAGCUAUGUUUUGGUUAGAGGAGCGCGUUAAUAAAUCAGCCGGUGUUCGGAAUCCAAAAUAUUCACUAUGUUGCAGUCAUGGAAAGAUCAAGUUGGCACCUAUAUAUUGUCCACCUCCUGCAAUAGUGCAAUUGUUCUUUAACCAAGAUCAAAAGAGUUCACAUUUCUUGAAAAAUAUUCGGUCCUUUAACAAUAUGUUUUGCUUUACUUCCAUGGGUGGCAAAAUUGACAGAGCAAUUAACAAUGGUAGUGCACCACCAGUCUUUAGACUACAUGGUCAAAAUUUUCACUUAAUGGGCAGCUUGCUACCAGUACCUGGAGAUCGUCCAAAGGAUGAUGAUUCUACGACUACAUUGCAUUGUGAAAUUGUUAAAGACAUUAAGGAUGCAUUAGAUGAGAAUAAUGUUUUGGUCAAGAGUUUUCGCAUGGCCAAAAUGGAGAUGGAAAGUAAUCCUAGAAGAGAUAUUAAAAUAAAACUCAUCGGAAGGAGGAACAAAGAUGCAAGGACAUAUAACUUGCCACAGGUUGGAGAAGUGGCUGCUCUGAUUGUUGGUGAUUUAGAUCCAACAAUGGGGGAAAGAGAUAUUUUGGUGGAAUCUAAAGCUGGUCAUUUUCAGAGAAUAACUGAAUUACAUCCAUCUUAUCUACCAUUGCAAUACCCAUUACUCUUUCCUUAUGGUGAAGACGGUUACAGAGAAGACAUACAGUUUAACAAUGUUGCAGGUCAGAGUUCGAAUGCAAGAAGUAAACUUAGUCCCAGGGAGUAUUUUUCAUUCCGUUUGCAAGAUAGGUUCAACGAAAUGUCAACAUUGCUUUAUUCUAGAAGGUUGUUUCAGCAAUAUUUGGUAGAUGCUUAUACCAUGAUAGAAUCCGGACGCUUGGUUUAUAUUAGGACUCAUCAAACGUCACUGCAAUGUGAAUCAUAUAAAUGUUUGACAGAUGCGUUAACACGUGGUGAAGUAGAUCCUACAGCCCAAGGAAAGCGUAUCAUUUUGCCAUCGAGUUUUACAGGAGGAGCAAGAUAUAUGGUGCAGAAUUAUCAAGAUGCAAUGGCAAUUUGUAGAUGGAUUGGUUAUCCAAGUCUAUUUAUUACAUUCACAUGUAAUCCCAAGUGGCCUGAGAUUGAAAGGUUUUUACAACCAAGGAAUCUCAAAUCUGAAGAUAGACCAGAUAUUAUUUGCCGUGUGUUUAAAAUGAAAUUAAACGCACUGAUAAAAGAGAUCCAGAAAGAAAACAUUUUUGGAGUUGUUGAUGCAGUAAUUUACACAAUUGAAUUUCAAAAAAGGGGAUUGCCACAUGCUCACAUUUUGAUAUUCUUGGCAAAGAGCAACUCUUAUCCUACUGCAAAAGACAUUGAUAUGAUAAUAUCUGCUGAGAUCCCAAGUGAAUUGUGCGAUCCAGAAUAUUACAAAGCUGUGGAAGAAUUUAUGAUGCAUGGUCCAUGUGGUGCAGCGAGGAAGAAUUCACCUUGCAUGGUCAAUGGUAAGUGCUCUAAAUUCUACCCCAAAAAAUUUGUUGAAAGCUCUACAGUGGAUUUUGAUGGAUAUCCGAUAUAUCGCCGUAGAGAUAAUGGUCGUACAAUAAGGAAAAAUGGAAUUGCCCUUGAUAGUAGAUAUGUAGUUCCACACAAUAGACAUUUGCUGAUGAAGUACAAAGCUCAUAUUAAUGUCGAGUGGUGCAACCAAUCUAGAUCAAUAAAGUACUUAUUCAAGUACGUCAACAAGGGUAAUGACAGGGUCACAGCUGAAUUUUACAAUAGUGCGGUGGAAGAAUCUACGGGAAAGGUUAUAGAUGAAAUCAAGAUGUACUAUGACUGUAGAUAUAUUUCGCCCUGUGAGGCUGCUUGGAGGAUAUUUGCAUUUGACAUACAAUUUAGGAAUCCAUCUGUUGAGCGUUUGAGUUUCCAUCUUCCAAAUGAGCAUUCAGUAAUAUUUCACGAUGAUGAUUUGGUGGAUGAUGUUGUAAAUCGGCCAACGGUAGCACAAAGCAUGUUCACUGCAUGGCUAGAGGCGAAUAAAAGACCAACGUCAUUUGAUGAUAUUAAAAAAGUGGAUGGCGUACAAUAUAAUUCAUUUAGAGAUGCAUGUUAUGCACGUGGUUUAAUUGAAGAUGAUAAAGAGUAUGUCGAUGCAAUCAGUGAGGCAGCAGUUUGGUCUUCGGCACAUUCCUUAAGAAAAUUGUUUGUUACACUAUUGACAUCGAAUGCAAUGUCAAAGCCAGAAGAUGUGUGGGAGGUGGUCUGGCAUUACUUAUCAGAUGAUGCUGAAUUUACGUGUAGAAGAAACAUCUCAACUUCAGAUCUAAUUCUCAAUGAUUCUCAAAAAAAGAAUUAUGCAUUGUUUGAAAUGGAGAAGUUGUUGAAUGCUUGGAACAAAUCUCUAGCAGACUAUCCACCGAUGCCAAUGCCAGAUCAAAACGGUGAUUUGUUUCAGGGAAAUAGGUUGUUGUUCGAGGAAAUGUCAUAUGAUCGGGAAGCUCUAAGGCAUGAACAUGAUUCUUUGGUUCAGAAACUAACUGAGGAACAGUUACUCAUCUAUAAUAAGGUGGUUGCAGACGUCCAGUCAGAGAUGGGUGGCAUGUACUUUGUGUAUGGUUAUGGUGGUACAGGCAAAACCUUUUUGUGGAAGACACUUUCAGCAGCUCUAAGGUCCAAAGGUGAAGUUGUAUUAAAUGUUGCGUCAAGCGGUAUAGCUUCAUUACUUCUGCCUGGUGGACGGACUGCACACUCUAGAUUUGCUAUACCAAUUUCUGUUAAUGAAGAUUCCACUUGCAACAUUAAGCAGGGAAGUGCACUGGCUGAAUUGAUCAUCAAAGCCAAACUUAUUAUUUGGGAUGAAGCACCGAUGAUGCACAAACAUUGUUUUGAAGCAUUAGACAGGACAAUGAGAGAUUUAAUGCGUUUCACAAAUCCUAGGAGCUCAACGAUGACCUUUGGAGGUAAAACAGUUGUUUUGGGGGGAGACUUUAGACAAAUUCUUCCAGUUAUUCCAAAAGGUACUAGACAAGAUAUAGUACAAGCCAGUAUUAAUUCUUCUUACUUGUGGAAUAAUUGUGAAGUUCUUCGUUUAACGAAGAAUUUAAGAUUGCGAAGUAUUAGUGAUGAAGAGGAGGUUGAGAAGUUAGGUUGUUUUGCCAAGUGGAUUGCAGAUGUAGGUGAUGGAAAUGUUGGGGAAGACAAUGGUGUUGAUUGCAAUAUAAUGAUUCCUUCAUCCUUUGUAUUGGAAAAUGAGGGCGAUCCCAUUAGACAAAUUGUUAACAGCACAUAUUUGAGUUGUGAUUCUCUUUGCAAGUCAGAGGCAAAUGUUGAUAUGCAAUCUGAGGUACACACAACAGAAUUUUUAAAUAGUUUGAGAUGCUCAGGAGUCCCCAACCAUUGUUUAACUUUGAAAGUUGGUACUCCAAUUAUGCUGCUGAGAAAUAUAGAUCACUCACUGGGACUUUGCAAUGGUACAAGGUUAGUAGUCACACAACUGGGAAAUCAUGUUAUUGAGGCACAAAUCCUAUGUGGCAACAACGCAGGUACAAAUGUGUUGAUACCAAGGCUAUCUUUGACUCCUUCAGACCCAAGACUUCCAUUUAAGUUUCAAAGAAAGCAGUUUCCAAUUAUGUUGUCAUAUGCAAUGACAAUCAACAAAAGUCAAGGUCAAACGCUUUCACAGGUUGGUUUGUUACUCAAAAAACCAGUUUUCAACCAUGGCCAGUUAUAUGUAGCAGUUUCUAGGGUGAGUAAUCCUGACGGUCUUAAGGUGUUAAUUUGUGGGGAAUCUAGAGGCCUUUUAAACAAAACUCAAAAUGUAGUUUACAAAGAAAUCUUUAAUAAUGUGUAA